CGAUCAGCUGACUUCCUUCCCUUGUAUAGUUUGUGUGCUUCUUUAUUUUAAUUGCAACAUCGCACGAUGAGAAACUUCAUGCCUCGAGCCGCCCGUAUGACACUUCAGAAAACGUGCCAGAAUGUUUACACGGAAGUGACGCCGUGUUUUGAAGCCUGAGCCUUGUCACGUACGCGUGCUGUUGCUCGAUAGGACAUACACAAAGCUAUUGCCUAAGCUUUAAAUCAUAAUUUAUCAACCUUCGCUGAAGGAUGUUGGAGCAUGCAAUCAGAAUGAAAGAGCGAGUUGGAUCAGCGAACAAGCUUCGGAAUUAUGAUACGGACGGCUACAUAAAGCGGGCCGGCUGCAUAUGCUUCAGAACAAACCAUGCAAAGGAAGUAAGUGAUUUUGUAUUACAACUUCACUAACUCAAUUCGUGAUACCUCAUCCUACCGAUGCGAAAUAAAGUGGAUGUACCAAAAAACAUCAUGAUCUUGACAACAGCUCUACAUUCUUCGGAACAGAGGUCAUUCUCUCCUUAAAUGGAGUUGAAAGGCCCAAAAUGUUUUAAAGGGUAAAACCGCUAGAGAUGGAGAACACAUCAUUGACAUGUUAAUUUUGCUAGAGUUAUUGCGACAUCUUGUAGAAUGCAAAUGCUGUAAAACCAUCCUUGCUGUUCAUAGAUUGUGAGCAAGAUGAUCGGAAUUGAGCGUUGGAAGCAAUCUCUUCCUUUGUAUUACGUUCAACUCUGUACGUAGGGCAUUGUUAGAACAUUCGAUCGUGCCGAAUAUAUUUGUUUACAGCCAGCAAAAUGUGUGUUUUCAACUAUUUUAAUCAACUUUUGAUAACUAACUCAAAGCCGUGCUCGAUGGUCUGCUUAACUUAAGGCAAACAAGUUCUUUAAUCACAAAAAUCAGCGCAAACGAAUCGAAAUAAUAUGUUUUGAUGAUGAUGACAAUGUUCUUCAAAAUGAUCGGGUUGAAAUAGCAAUCCUUCGUUUGACAGAUGCCAUGCUGAAGCGUGUAGCUUCCUAAUCUUGCUCUGCUGAGCACGGUCACGGUUUUGUUAAAGGGCAGCUGCAUUGUAUACAGGCUCUACAACAUUAAAGAGUAAUUUUUACUAAUCGAAUUUGCUCUCUCGGUUUUUUUUUGUUUUGGGGGGGGGUCAAAGUUUUUGACUUGAAUAGUUGAACUUUUAGCGAUUACAUGACAGUCUUAGUCACGUGUAUUGCUACUUUCUCCCUGCCACUCUUGGUGUUUCCAAUGGACCUGUGGAAGAGGGCAGGCUUUGUCUUAUCUCUCAGUACCCACUACAAUGCUUGGUCAAUUUACGAAUAGAUAGUGUUCAUUGAUAGAAGGCACUUUGAGAUCUUUUUUCUACCCUAACUUCUGUGCUGAGCGUACAGACGACCGAUUAGUGCGAUUCUCAACGUCGAAUUUUUCGUUGUGUCAGUCAUUUGAAGCCUUUCCACGUGGCUAAAAAGCUCGUUCUCCGAAACCUAAAGACGCACAGUAGGAGUUAAAUGGGUUUCUUGGUUACUCUACCAUCUCUGUCCUUACUGAUGAAAUUACGGAUCUCAGUUUUUUCUCAGUUUUUUCCCAGUUUUAUUUAUGGAAAUCAGCACGGUCCCCAGACUCCCCAUAUGGCCUGUAAAAAUUAUCUUCACCACAAAAAUCGUAGUUCAGUAAAAAAAAAUUGAAAAAAAAAUCCAACCAUAAAGAAGGAAGGAAGGUCGUUAGAGAUUUAGGAGAUUGCUAUUGAUUGGAACUUGAAUAGUUCUGGCUUAAUUAGGCCUAUAAAACGUUGCUGGGAAAAAAAGAAUUUCACAAGAUACAUAAACCAUAGACUUUAUGUUGUACUAAGAAUUACUGCGUUUGAUCAGUUCCUCCUCAAUGGGGUUUGAAUGUUCGCUCUUAGGCAUCGUUCUGUGCACACACCUUCAUCUUUGUCAUUAACCAUUGACCUGACGUGCACGUUUUGUUUUGAACAGAUUCUGUUGGUAACAAGCAACAAGUAUCCAGAUAAGUGGAUAGUGCCAGCGGGAGGAGUGGAAGCUGGAGAAAGAUUCCAAGAUGCAGCUGUUCGAGAGGUUUUUGAGGAAGUGAGUCGAUUGUGUUAAUGGUCCACUAUUAACCGAUCCAGGAAUUUUUUUGCUGCUGUGCGCACUUAUUGAUAUUUGCAAGGAUAAAAAACUGAAAUUUAUCGAUUGUUUAUUCAUGAUCUUACUGACGUCCAAACAGCCUGUGGUGGAAAUUGGCCUUCUACAUUGCAGAAGUCUUGCUUUGGCUAUCUAGUAUUGCGUGCGGUUUUGUAUCUUAAACGUUCGCCUCGCGUUUGGUUCGAAGAGACCUUCUCCAUAGGGAUCAGAUAAAUUAUCAUUUAUUAUUACGUGUAGCAUAAAUAGUACUCUUUCUUUAUUCCCUAAACGGGCAGUGUAACUUACUUUUAAUUUCAGGCUGGAGUGCGUGGAAAUAUUAUGCAUUGUCUUGGAGUGUUUCAGGUAUUUGAACUUCUGUAGACUCUUUACAGGUUAUAUUCUCUUUAAGUUAGUUUCCGUGAUACCCUCUUUCCAAAUUUGGUUAGAAAAGAAAAGUGGCACUUAGUAUGUCACUCUUGUUUUUUGAAAUCUGUCACUAAACUGUGCAAAGGUUAAAUGGCUGUUCUUUGCUGCAAAAGGUAACGAGACAAAACUUUGCCAGAUGUCAUUCUGACAUGAUAGAAUCAAGCAUGACGUGCUAAUUCCCUCAAUCAUCCGAUGGGAUGCGCACGUUUUCACUUCGUCACGGAAAUGGGAAAUCAGAUUUUGUCACGAAAACAUACCACUUUUAAGCAUUGCUAUUUUGUGCUCAUUGUCCACCAAAAAUUGUUGUUCUAAACUGUCUGAUUUACUGCAAAUUUCUAUAUCCUGACACUAGAAUGAAACAAGCAAGACAAGAACAAAGAUGUAUGUUCUGCAUGUAACAGAAGAGUGUGAUUACUGGGAUGACGCCGCAAAAGGUAUCUCUUGUUACGUUCUGACGUGGAUCUGCUGGAAACGUGCCGUAUAGGAAAACUAUGGGGAAGAGCCAUUUACCAAUGACACAUCACGAAACCUCAAAUGCCCAAAAAAAUUUGAGAUCUUUCUGAGAAGAAUAUCUUAUCUAGUUUGAUUUUCAAUCUGGUACCGUUUCUUCUUAAUCAGAAUGAAAAGUACUUGUCAAUAAGUGAGUUACGUCGAGGCAUUAAAAAGCAACCUAUAUCAGAAAAUAGGUUUUGGUUAGUCAUCGUGGUAGAUAACCCUUUCAAAAGAGAAAUGUAAUCGAUUGUCUCACGAUGUGAGAUGCUUUGGAUGUGGACGCGACGUUUCGACUGCAUACUGUUAGUACGCGUCACCUAUAUGCUGUAGUGCUUAGCUGUAUUGUUCAACCUGUUGUCUGAAAUUAAUUAUGCUUUGUUUUUCGCGUAUUUCAGGGCGAAGGAGAGGUUGGUUCUCAAUACGCAAGGCAUGGGAACUACUCUCUCACAGACCUUGUCAACAGUUGUACCUGCGUGAUGUUAUGAACAUCGAUGAACAAAAUCAGUGGCUCUAUGACUCACCGAUCCGGUUCUCUACGCCACUCGUCAUUAACGAAUCACGAAACAACCAAUCAAACGCUGAAGUUUCGCCGUAGCAUGUAAAGUAAAACCUUUAAAAAUACUCUUUUGGUAAUGAUCAUCACUGUCUUAGGCGUGAAAAGAGUUAUUUGGAAUCAAUCACUGGACUGGAUGUAAUUUAGUCGCGAACGGUUGCGAAAGAAUUGUGAAUACUUUCAUCAUUUAGUGAGGAUCGCUGGGAGGUCUUACACUAAUUUGGGUGUGAUUUUACUCCCAAGUGGUCGAGAAAUUAUUGUAUAUAGUUUGUUUCAUCAAUACUCUGAACAGAUCCUAAAUUACUCUGAAUCAAUCAUAAAUUAUUGUCGGGUAUAACGAUUGAAGGCAAAGGCGGAAGAAUUUUGUGCAUAAGCCGUUACAUUCCUUAAUAAACUUUAGGAAUCUUCACUUUGUUUCCUUGUUAUUCACUCGUUUUAAAAAUAAG